CUACUGGAAUUUAGGAAGCCUUUGGUGGCCUCUCCCAUCGCCCUAGGUCCCUAUCCUAGCUUCUGCAGCGGGCCUCCCUGGGCAGCAGGGCUGUCUGCCGCCCGGAUCCGAUCCGAGCCUGGCCGGCGGGGGGAGCUCUCCCGUGGGAACUAGCAGACGCACCGGCCCGGCGGGCGGGACCGGGCCGCCCCUCCACCCCCACCCCCUUGCCUGGCAAAGUUGCCCGGGACUCCAGGCGCGUCGCUGCGGACGCUGGAGAGCAGGCGCUCGGCUCUGCCGGCCCCGCGUCCUCCGCCGCUGUCGGGCCGGAACCCGGUCGCCCGGUCGAGCUCUCCCCCGAGGGCAUGCGGCAGCCGCGGGACACUCGGCUCCCAGGCUCGGCGGCGCGGGCGAGCGAGCGAGAGCGGAUGUGCAGCUCUUGUCCACAAUGAAUGAGUGCCACUACGAUAAGCGGAUGGACUUUUUUUACAACAGGAGCAACACAGACACUGCCGACGAGUGGACGGGGACAAAGCUCGUGAUUGUCUUGUGCUUUGGGACAUUUUUCUGCCUCUUCAUAUUUUUCUCUAACUCCCUGGUCAUCGCAGCCGUGAUCACAAACCGGAAGUUCCACUUUCCCUUCUACUACCUGCUGGCUAACUUAGCUGCUGCAGAUUUCUUUGCCGGGAUCGCCUAUGUGUUCCUGAUGUUUAACACUGGCCCAGUGUCCAAAACUUUGACUGUCAACCGCUGGUUCCUCCGGCAAGGGCUCCUAGACGCAAGCCUGACUGCCUCUCUGGCCAAUUUACUGGUCAUUGCGGUGGAGAGGCACAUGUCGAUCAUGAGGAUGCGGGUCCACAGCAACUUGACCAAAAAGAGGGUGACACUGCUCAUUCUGCUGGUGUGGGCCAUUGCCAUCUUCAUGGGGGCGGUCCCCACGCUGGGCUGGAACUGCCUCUGCAACAUCUCUGCCUGCUCCUCUCUGGCCCCCAUUUACAGCAGGAGUUACCUCAUUUUCUGGACCGUGUCGAACCUCUUGGCCUUCUUCAUCAUGGUGGUGGUGUAUGUGCGCAUCUACAUGUAUGUCAAGAGGAAAACCAACGUGUUGUCUCCACACACGAGUGGCUCCAUCAGCCGCCGGAGGGCUCCCAUGAAGCUAAUGAAGACGGUGAUGACUGUCUUAGGUGCCUUCGUGGUGUGCUGGACCCCAGGUCUAGUGGCGCUGCUGCUGGAUGGCCUGAACUGCAAGCAAUGCAACGUGCAGCACGUGAAGCGCUGGUUCCUGUUGCUGGCGCUGCUCAACUCCGUCAUGAACCCCAUCAUCUACUCGUACAAGGACGAGGACAUGUACAGCACCAUGAGGAAGAUGAUCUGCUGUGCCUCGCAGGACGGCAACGCCGAGAGGCGCCCUUCCCGCGCCCCCUCCACCAUCCACAGCAGGAGCGACACCGGCAGCCAGUACCUGGAGGACAGCAUCAGCCAGGGCCCUGUGUGCACUAAAAAUGCCUCCUAAACCAAGGACACCUCCGCACUCUUCCCCUGGGGAAAGCUGUUGAGAAUGCUAGCCUGUCUAACGAAGCUCGUCUAGAGGCACGGACUGAGUUGUUUGAAGCCUCCCUGAAUCGCUGCUGGGUUGUUGGUUUUUUUUUUUUGUAAGUUUUCAUUGUCAAGGAAGAUGAGGUACCCCAUCUAGUGAAAGUUCACAAAAAGGGGAGACGGAAACAGUGGGUUCCUGGUUGUGAACGGCUCAAGUCAUCCUCCAGCUCCCGGCUCCGCCGCCUCCAUCUCGCUGCCAUUGUCUUUGCCUUUUCAAAGACAGCAUUGAAGGGUCUAGGUCAAAAGAAAUAAGUAGCGGUACUUGAGCCUCCUUGUGUAGCUGCCAGACUCUGCGUAGUUGUUUCCGCGUGCAUUUAAAGUGUUCAAAAUGCUUUAGCAGUGGGCUUUGUUUUCCCCCCAAAGAAACCUUGGCCAGGAACUAGAUGGACUGUAGGAAUCUGGGAAAAACCGGUACAGGCUCUGAAGUAAACUUGGCUUAUAACCACAUGAACUUCACAAGGAAAAACAUUUAUUGAAAAGAACACUGAAAAGGUGGACUUAUAGAAGCUCUUCUGGGGUGUGAAGAGCGUGCUCAGCGUGGGUGUACACCCACCUCUGCUUAUACAAUUCAGCUUUAAAAAAAAUAAGAGUCCCCUCAGUGAUGGCGAGCUUGAUUCACGGUCUCCUCGGCUUUCCAGUCCAUGCUAGUGGCUCUACAGAGUACCUUUGUGUUCUAACAAGAAGAGGGAAAGCACUUGUAAACCAGCAACUGUAUCGCAGAGUAAAAGAUGGUAUUGGCAGUCAGGCUGGACCUCUUCCAAAUAAUGUGGACUGUAAGUGUGACUAGAGCCUCAGUCUUGUCUGUCUGGAUACCACUGGCAAGCUUUCUGGAUUCAGUGUGCACAGCAAUUGCAUAAUUGAGUAUUCUACCCAAAGCUGCCGGCAUACUUUACCUUUCUUACAGACUGAAUUUUGAUCUUGUAUUUCUCUCCUUUGAAGACCAAUGGAAGGCACAUCAUUUGAAAACAAACAGUGUUUUUCACACACAUAGGCUACUGACCAGUGUUUUCUUUGCAAGUCAUUUAGAGUAUAAUCUGACUUAUCGUAAGAAUAACUCCAAGACCAGUACUAUAGUAUUUAUGUAGUUUGUAAAAGUUUACAUGUUUUCUUUUUUUUUGUUCUUUUUUUUUGCUUUUGUGAUAUAACAUCUAUGUGCACAAACUACUUAUAAUAAAAGGAUGUAAGAAGUUAUGCUUUGAGAUAUAAUGGUCUAGGCUAUAGAAAUUAUAAUUUGAAGUCUUAGAUUUUUACAUGCUCGCUGCAGUAGGUGGAUGUACCCAAAGCUUAUGUUAAAGCUACCUAUAAAAUAAAAAUUUAAAAGAA